AUGUCUCUAGGCCGGUCACUUGCAAUGAAUUUCAGUGGUCAGCUGGUGGCCAGAGUUUUCUCGUUUGGAAUCAAUAUGUAUUUGCUGAGGGUGGUCGAUAAUGAUGUACUCGGUCUCGUCAACGUACGGUAA